AUGCCCUUAAAAAAUUUCGGUUCCAAUCCUAUAAUUACAUCGUUUUCACCCUAUACACCACCACCAGAUGAACAAAAAUCUAAUCGAUCUUCGAUAAGAUACUCUCAUAUACCAACUGGUUCAACCAGUGGUGGUGACAGUACUGGUAACGGUGGAGGAAUUGGAGGAAUUGGAACAAGUAGUAAAAGUGCAGGAGCAAAUCCUUUUGCAGGAAUCUAUAGAACAACUGAACAAAUACCAGAAGAUACAAUAAGAGUAAAUAAAUAUGAAACUUCAAUGCCAAUAAGGGUGGAUAUUGAAGCAGCAUUAACAUAUGUCUUGGGUUGUGUUACAGGUGUAUUUUUCCUGAUUUUUGAACAUAAAAAUGAUUAUGUUAGAUUUCAUGCAUGGCAGUCUUCAUUAUUAUUUUCAAUUAUUUUUCUAUUACACUUUAUUCUAAUUUUCAUUAGCACAUUUCUAAGUUGGAUUCUUUUUAUCAUUGAAUUAUUCUUAAUCGGAUAUCUUGGACAUAAAGCGUAUGUGGACGGAGAGAGUUUGGAUAGAUAUGAAGUGCCAAUAAUUGGAAGAAUUGCAAGUAAUUGGGUUGAUACUGAAUAA